GAUUCCACCAUGCUUACGCCAUUUCAAAGUAACCUAGUCAACUGGAUGGGGUUUCCUAUGGGUUGUUGUAAACCUCAAUGGCGCUGCACAUGCGUUCACCGACGAUAUAAUAGCACAGAUAUAUAUGAGUCCUCUAUCUAUCUCUAUGGACACACCUGAGAAUUUUGUUUAAGUUAAAUUGUUGGCCUUUCUUGCGAAUGAAAACACCCAACAUUGCUGAGUGAUUUAAUCGCGUGAGGUACUCUCUUUACUUGGAUUCUAAACAAGGAACACAGAAAUAAGAUUAUAGCCUAUCUUGUUUGUUUUUCAGCAAAAUACAUACGUAUUGCUAUAACCCGUGUUGUUGGUCGACUAUUGAACUCAUUUCAUGUCGCACGUUCUGUGUUGGAAAUUCAUGGAAUAUCGGUUUGUUUUAAAUUAAAUAAGGCAUUUUGGAGACGGAAUGGGCGUUGAACCUUUGUCCAAAUAGUGUUUAUAGGAGUAAUUCACACGGAAACCGAGAGGAAACAUAAAACAACACUUGACUGCAUUUACCUUCGUUGUGUCGUAGGCUAUUGUUCGGUAGGCUACGUCUUUCAAGUAACGGCAAUAAUGACGGCUCUGUGUAUUGGGUCAAUAUUAGGAUCCGCGCUGUUGCUCCUGUCAAUAGUCUGCCAAGACAACGCACAGGUUACAAAUGGAGAAGGCUGCGCCGGGAAUUUCAAUGUGGGCAAUGUAAACUUUGUGCUAGACACUGAAGACUCUGUCAAAGAAGGAGCCAGUUUCAUCUCGUCCCCAACUAUAACCCAAGCUGAAGACUGUGUUGACUAUUGUUGCCAAGACCCCAAUUGCAACUUGGCUCUGAUUGAGAAUGGUGCAGAGAAAGGCUCGGUUAAAACAUGUUUUCUGUUUAACUGCCUGUACAAGAGAGAGUAUGUCUGCAGGUUUGUGAACAAAGUGGGAUUCACAAAUUACAUUUUGGACUCCGUCUAUGAAGAUUACCUGGGAGGACCCGAAAGCACCCGUGGUAAGAUCAAGACUCGACUCACUCCAGUUCCAGGUGAUGAGGAUAAGUUCCCCACUGCCAAAGCGGGCCGGGACAUCGUGGUCCAACCCAACGACACGGUGACAUUGAAUGGCAUUGAGAGCUGGGAUGACAAAGUGAUAACUAGCUACAAGUGGAGCCUUGUGAAGGGGGACAGCACGGUGGAAAUUACGAAAACAGACCUGAAGGAUCAGGUGAUGCUGAGCAACCUGAAACCUGGGAUGUACGUCUUCCAGCUAAAGGUCACCGACUCCAGCAACCAAUCAGCCAUGGAUAAGGUCUCUGUCCUCGUCCUCACUCCAGAACAGUCUGAGGGUCACUGUCUGGUCCCCAAAAAGGUGGGUCACUGUCGAGGAUCCUUCCCUAGGUGGCACUACAAUGGUGCGUCAGAGAAGUGCGAGGAGUUCAUCUUCGGGGGCUGCAAGGGGAACCGCAACAACUACCUCUCCCUGCAGGAGUGCUCCGACGCCUGCCACGGCGUGUCAGCUGCGUCAGGAAGAAGUAUUGUUGUGCCUGAAGGGGAGGUUUGUGGCUCCCCCUGUAACUCCGGUCAGUUUACUUGUGGCACCGGCUGCUGUCUGGAUGAAGACCUGGAGUGCGACACGGUGACUCAGUGCAGCGACGGCUCUGACGAGGCUUCCUGCGACAAACUGAACCAGACCUUCACUCGUCUGCUGAACAUUCAUGUGGACAAAAGCCGGGCCCGCUGCACCGAGCCCCCCAGGACGGGGCCAUGCCGCGCCAGCCACUCCCACUGGUACUAUGACCCGCUCAACAGGAAGUGCAAUCGCUUCACAUACGGUGGCUGUGACGGCAAUGACAACAACUUUGACGUGGAGGAGAGCUGCAAAGAGACCUGCAAGGGCGUGACUGAACAUGACGUGUUUGCAAGGGGAAUGUUUGAACGCUACGAGGAAGAGGAAAGUGAGUCCGGCUCCAUCGCUAUAGCUAUAGUGUUAUCGGUAGCCAUCCUGGCGGUGCUGGCUGCCCUGGGUUACUGCUUCCUGAAGCACAGGAAGGACCGUUCUCAGCACCAGCCCGUGGCCACCAACGUCCCCCAUGUGGCUUUCGAAGAACGAGACACCCUGGUCUACAACACUACCACCAAGCCUGUCUGAAACAAUUAGCACCUGCCUGGCUUUCAGGACCUUGGUUUAUUGUGUUCUUGCGUAUACACUGAUCUAAUCAGAGCGGGACCAGACCAAUAAAUACACACACUGACCUAACCAGACCAAUAUACACACACACACAUCUCCCACACAGGUCUACAAACUCCAGAUGCAGUCAGUAAGUGAGGAAUUUAAGCAACAUUUCAUUUGAAUAGAGCUUUGGCUCUUGCUUGGGCUCCUCCUUGGGCUCCUCCUUGGACAACCGGUUUUUGCUUUCACAGAAUUUUGCAUUAAGGAGUUGAUGAUAUAUUAGCAUGCUCUGUCACAACCAUUCUGCGGAGCUUGAGUGAACGGAAAGUAUGAGACAUGGGCACAAAUCCAAAUACUAUAACUGUGUGGGCUUUUAUAAGUGUGUUUUGUAUGGAACACAUUCUCAGGGGGGAAGAAUUCUGUACUAGGUUUUUCUUACAGAUUUUUUUAAGAUUAUUUUUUUUCUGAAACUUUUAUUUAUAAAAUGUGAUUGGUGCUGGGGUUGAUGUUUGCAUUAGCCAUUUUGUUUUGUCAUAAAUUCAUAAGGAAUACCAGAUUUAAAUGUAGGUACCAAUAAGUGAUCUAUGUACAUUUUUACUUACUGAAAUGAUUCUGUUACUAAUGUUAUGCACCAGGGUGUUUGUAUACUCAAUUGUUAUCAUACUGUAAUCAUUUCUUACUCUAAGUAACAACCAUGACCUAGACCGUAAGGUAGGUGUCUGUUUUUUUUUAUGUUCUGUUUUUGUGUUUCAUGUUUCCUUUUUAACUGUAAUAAAAUCGUAAUUCCACGUU